AUGAGCACUGCUAAGCGGAAAAGUAUAGUCGAGGAAUUUGAUACGCGGAAUGCAACUCCGAAGAAAAAAGGUGUCCGUCACCGUGCUGCCCUAGCCUGUGAGGAGUGUCGCGCGCGCAAGAGACGAUGUGAUGGUGCAACGCCAGCUUGCGGCGGAUGCAUGAAGCGCACAUCCGUGUGUGUGUAUAGCUCUGAAAUUCAGACUAAAAUGUGGCGGAAUAGUAUGAUCCUGUCCUUACGAACUCGUUUGGAAGAACUUGAAAAGGAGGACGAUUCGGUACCCGGACUUGAGAGACUUAUUUCUCGCAACGACGCUUCCAUCUCGGCCUCAACUCGACAUCUCAGUCCGGCCGUAGAAGCCAGCGGCGAUGCAGUUGGUAACGAAGAUGUUCAGCCCUUGAGACCAAUAAAAGCGACCUUCCCAACUGUUCUUUCUUCUGCCUCUCAAGAUCAAUCGUCUAUCGGCGCUGAUACGGUCCAUAGCCAGAGACAACCUGGCAUCACCUCUGGGUCGAGAAGCCCGAAUGACUAUAAUGCUAGGAGCUUGGAACCCUGUAGCGUGGAGAAGUUGAUGAAACCGAUUGAUCAAGCCAUUGACUCUAGAAAGGGCCAAAAUAACUUACCUGCGCAUCCGAUCUUCCCCGCAAAUGCUACAAUCUGUGGUCCGACUCGGAUCAGUGUCACGAGUUGCUCCUGUGAUCAGCUGCUAGGCGCCUCGCGAUGGCGUUUACCGCUGCGAAGCACUGCAGAUGAUUUAGUCGCUUUGUACUUUGCCCGAGUCAAUCGAAUGUACCCGAUCCUUCACGAGCGGACAUUCAGGAAACAAUAUGAGUGCUUGUGGCAGUCAACGGCGAGGACAUCUACGACAAUAGGUGUAAGCUGCUCUGGUUUGUGCAAACAGAAAAGCAAAGGUAAAACGUUUCCUGCGAUGGUGCAUGCUGUAUUUGCUCUGGCCUCCUUAUUCGAAGCCGGAAGCCCUGAGCAAAAUAUCCCUCAAGCAGACGACUACUUCCGACUGUCUCAGGAGAUUGACCUCUUGGAUGUCCUAGAUUAUGAAGUGGGGAUUGAACUUGUCCAGCUGGGCCUCCUGAUGGGGUUUUACCUCCAAAGUACCGAACGAUUCUCAAAAUGCUGGAAUAUCACUGGCCUCACGAUUCGAAUGGCGCAAAACAUGGGACUGCAACUAAAGCUAUGCGAGGCUCGACGCAAAGGGUUGUUUGCUCCUCUUGCAAGCCAGCUUGACUGCGAGAUGAGGGUACGAGUCUGGUACGGAUGCGUUCUAUUAGAUAGGGAAAUUUCCAUGUCCUUCGGGCGGCCCUUAAUGAUUGUCAAUAAUAGACAGGCUGUUAGGUUGCCCACUUCAAUCGAUGAUAAUCGUCUUUCCGAAGAACUGGGGACUUGCAAUGUUCAGUCGACAAGUGUUCCGAGCUUGCUGGAGUCGUACGUCCGAACGAUCAGACUCUACGAUAUACUCAAGAUAGUAUUGGACCGGGAGGAGCUUAAAGAUUCACUGAACAAAAGUCCAGAUAUUCAGUCACUGUUGAGACUGGAUACCAUGAUCAUGGAAUGGCGCGACGCUCUGCCCUCUUACCUACAAUAUGACCCUUUGUCUGAAGGUACAAUCUCAGGGGAGCAGCAUAUUCCUGGCAUGACGACUACACAAACCGACUUUUCCGCUCAGGCCAAACGGCUUUACGCAAGAUUCCUACAUGUACGAGUCCUAAUAUUGCGCCCUGCUUUGGAUCUUCUGUUUCAGAAACAACAACAUCCCACUCCAUCGGUCAAUAAACGUUCGAUGGAGGCAAAGGUUCAAGACCUGAUGCUUUCGGACAUUGCAACGCAAUGUGCUUCUUCAGCACAUAAUCUAAUCAAGAUUCUUGAUGCCCAAAUCUCUAUGGGGAGCCUGGUUGCCUGGUGGUACAAUAUUAGCUACCUGCACACCUGUGGCAGCACACUGUUAAUGGCGCAACUAUCCACCCUCAACGAUAUGGCAUUAUCUAGCCAGUUGUCGGGUAGCUGGGACACUUGCUUACAGUGCAUCUCGCGCUACGCCGGUGUGAGCAGCAUUGCAAAAAAGUCGGUCCGCCUUUUGGAGAAAAGCAGACAAUGCCUCCUAGCUGAUGGGUUCUCUCAAAGGGCUAUCCUAGGGCACGACCUGCCCGCCACAAGCCCGGCCAUGACAAUGCUGGAUGGCAUCUCUCACCUUCGUCCGCAACAUAUUGUACCCCAAAGCAAGGCGACAAGUGCCCAUGAAACCUAUCAGCUGAAUAAAGACCUGCUACCUAUAAAUAAUGCCGGGGAGAGUUUCUUCGAUCAGGAUUGGCAUUUUACACAGCCUAAGGCCCGUACAGAGCAGCAGUUUCUUGUGGACGAAAUGACAGAAUCAGCAAGCGAUGCACCGCAUUAUGACGGGACUAAUGGGAUUCUGUGGGCUGAUGAGACCUGUGCAAGUUCAUAUUGGCCUUUUAUGCCGUAUCUUUCCCAAUUGGAAACACUGCCCUCGGACUUCGACCCAUCAAAUCUCGAAUAA